AUGGGGCUUGCUGAAGAUAGUGAAGAUCUAGUGAAAAUCUAUUGGAAUCACAGGAAGCAGUAUCUUCGGUUUGGUUUCUCCCUUUGUGAAUCUGGGAAGCGACUCGCCGGAGUGGUGGAAUCGAAGAGGGGAAAGAGAUCUGAAGUGGACGAGUGGUGGAGUCGAAGAGGGGAAAGUCGGGUUGCAUCAUCGCCCAGGACCUCCGUCUAA